AUGUCUUACCAACAGCAGCAGUGCAAGCAGCCUUGCCAGCCUCCCCCUGUGUGUCUACCCCCUAAGUGCCCAGAGCCUUGUCCUCCUCCAAAGUGUCCAGAGCCUUGUCCUCCUCCUCAGUGUCUUGAGCCAUGCCCUCCUCAGCCAUGCCAGCCAACGUGCCCUCCUGUGCAAAUUUGUCCACCAUGCCAGCAGAAGUGCCCACCCAAGAGCAAGUGA